AUGGAUACAGUUUCAUUACUAUUGCUAGGUCUUGCCUGUCUGCUUCUUUCCUUCUGGAGGCAGACCUCUGGGAGAGAGAAGCUUCCUCCUGGCCCAACUCCUCUCCCAAUUAUUGGAAACAUCCUUCAGAUUGAUGUUAAAGACAUUAGCAAGUCCUUAACCAAUCUCUCAAAAUUAUAUGGGCCUGUGUUCACUUUAUAUUUUGGCAUGAAACCCACUGUGGUGUUGCAUGGAUAUGAAGCAGUGAAAGAAGCUCUGAUUGAUCAUGGAGAGGAGUUCUCUGGAAGAGGCAAUUUCUCAGUAUCUGAAAGAACUGCUAAAGGCCUUGGAAUCGUUUUCAGCAAUGGAAACAAAUGGAAAGAGAUGCGUCGUUUCUCUCUCAUGACUUUGAGGAACUUCGGGAUGGGGAAGAGGAGCAUUGAGGAUCGUGUUCAAGAGGAAGCCCGCUGCCUUGUGGAGGAGUUGAAGAAAACCAAUGGCUCACCUUGUGAUCCGACCCCUGUUCUUGGCUGUGCUCCCUGCAAUGUGAUCUGCUCCAUUAUUUUCAAGAAUCGUUUUGAUUACAAAGACAAGGAUUUUCUUAACCUAAUGGAAAAAUUAAAUGAGAACAUCAAGAUUCUGAGCUCACCAUGGACUCAGAUAUACAAUACAUUCCCUGCUCUCAUUCAUUGUCUUCCAGGAAGUCAUAACACAUUAACUAAAAAUAUUGCUUAUAUAAAAAGUUAUGUUUUGGAGAAAGUAGAAGAACAUAAAAAAUUAUUGGAUGUUAAUAAUCCACAGGACUUUAUUGAUUGUUUCCUGAUAAAAAUGGAGCAGGAAAGACACAAUGAACAGUCAAUAUUUACAGAUGAAAACUUGGUAACCACUAUACUUGAUUUGUUUGGUGCUGGGACAGAGACAACAAGCACAACACUGAGAUAUGCUUUGCUGCUCCUUAUGAAGCAUCCACAUGUCACAGCCAAAAUUCAGGAAGAGAUUGACCACGUAGUCGGAAAACAAAGGAGUCCUUCCAUGCAGGACAGGAGUCACAUGCCCUACACAGAUGCUGUGUUGCAUGAGAUCCAGAGAUACAUUAACCUCCUUCCCACCAACCUGCCGCAUUCAGUGACCUGUGAUACUAAAUUCAGAAACUAUCUUAUUCCAAAGGGCACAAUCAUAUUAACAUCACUGACUUCUGUGCUUAAUGACAACAAGGAAUUCCCCAACCCAGACAUGUUUGACCCUGGUCACUUUCUGGAUGAGAGUGGCAACUUCAAGAAAAGUGACUAUUUCAUGCCUUUCUCAUCAGGAAAACGGAUUUGUGUGGGAGAGGGUCUGGCCCGGAUGGAAUUGUUUUUAUUCCUGACCACCAUUUUACAGAACUUUAACCUGAAAUCUCUGGUUGACCCAAAGAACCUCAACACCAACCCAGUUGCUAAUGGGAUGGUUUCUUUGCCACCUCAAUACCAGCUCUAUUUCAUUCCUGUCUGA